AUGCCCGACCACUUGGAUGGUCUCCCCCAUACGGACCAGGUUGCGAUUACUCAAGUCAGUGAGAAAAGCGCCAGGGAUCCGGGGAUCAAGGACGUUGGAUGGAACGAGAGGCCUGAGGAAGUCCCCCAGCCCGUUGUGGGGGGAGUGACGAAUGACACCCUCUGGAUGCUCGUGAGGCGGUUUGAUAAGCAAAUGUACCAUGUCAAAGCCGUUCCUGAAUCGAAGAUCGUCGGACCUCUUGACCUCCAAGUAGCGGAAGAAGAAGAGUUCUCCCCCGAUAAACUGCGAGCUAACCUCGAGCGGCUGUACGUAUCCGUGAUCAUCAGUAUCAUGGCGUUCAUCAAGCACAUCAUGCGUCUCCGUAGCUGGAGCGAGCCCCGCCGCACGGGGUUGUGGCUCGCAGCAUAUAUCGCAGCAUGGGGGACCAACCUUGUCUUGCCGUCGUUCUUCACGCUCCUGCUCGUACUCAUAUUGUUCCCUCCCUCUCGAGCCGCACUUUUCCCUCCCGCACCGCUCGCUCUCAUCAGCAGCAAAACCGGCAACCUCCAAACCCCACGGGCAGGCACGCUCGGAACAGCGGACACCCUCACCGGCGCACCCGAGAAUCAUGCUGGCGAAGCCGCAGAACAAGAGGCGACCAACUUCGUUAACGGAUUUGCAAGCCUUGCUGUCGGAACCGCGUUGGGAAAGCAUCCGGACGGGGAUGCCGACGUCCAUACCGAGCCAGGGGAACAGGCAAUCGACAAGUCCCUUCCUGAUCCGUCGGACUUAGGCACUACCGCACUGGAGGCGAAGCAGACUGCCGGCGGGUCGGGGAUCGACGGAAGGCAGGAGAAAGAUAAGACCAAGCAGCCGAUGGAAGCUGCCGUCUGGGCCAAGGCGAGACCGACAAUGCGCGCUUUGACCGCGUUGGCGGACACGUGGGAGAUGUUCGCAAAUGCACUCAGUCCUGUGCCACCGUUUAACCAUUUGGCGAGAUGGAAACUCGCGGGCGCUGUCGUUCCUCUGAUGGUGCUCACCGCCCUCACGAAUAACGAAUUGCUGAACCGUGCCGUCGGUGCUGGGGUCGGGAUCGCUUUCUUCGGCCAACCCUUGUUCGACCACGGUCUUGCUUACCUCAACGAGCGCCACCCGGGCUGGCAACGGAUGCUCGAUUUGCGCAACUCGCUCUUACAGGGAGUGCCGACGAACGCGCAGCUGACGUUGACACUGCUCAGGAUCGGAGAGGCAAACAAGCAGCCUUUGCCCCCGCCACCAGUGACGAGGGAGCCACCUGAGGAGCCGGAGGAGCCUCUGGUCAAGCAUGAGGAGCUGCCGUCAGACUUGCAGAAUGCCGAAAUCGAAGAGACACCAUCCGAUGAAAACGUGGACGUUCCCCAGGGUGCGGGGCACAAGACUCCUAAGAAGCAUAAGCUGAUCACCAAGCUUGGUGGGCUGCUCAAAGGGACUACCAAGGCUGGCGUAAGCGGCAUUUUGGUUGCGGACAGGAUCAAAGCCAACUUGGGGAGCGAGCACGCCAAGCAGCGGCUGGGCAUUAUCCCGCCUAGUGAUGCCCAAGAUUUGGUCGACGGGCCGAGUGUGUUUGAGGCUCGUGUUCAUGGACGGCCGGGGCAUGUGAUCAUCUCCACCACGGCCACUACUCCGUGUAUUAGCUGGAUUCCUGCUGGCAACAAGCGCAGCAAGGCUACCGGGGAGUGGGAGGCGGAGUUUUCCGUCCUCCUUUCGGACAUACAGGAGCUGCGGAAGGUUGGUGGUCUGGGAUGGAAGGGCAAGCUCGUUGUGGGUUGGGCGUACGAGAGGGAGGUGUAUGACGCCCUCGAGCUUACCGAUACGAAAGGGAAAGUGUGGACGUUUACGGCGAUGAAGAGACGUGAUGAGCUGUUCAAUCGGCUGUUGGCGAUGGUGAAACACAAAUGGGAGGCAUGGUGA